AUGCAACUCCCGGCGAUUGACAUCAUCUAUCAUGAGCCCAUCACCUUGAGUGAUGGAACCGUCUUAUCAGCCAUGAUAUGGCUACCCAAAAACGCCAAGUCUCACCCUGUCCCAGCAAUCCUCGAAUACUUACCCUACCGAAAGCGAGAUAUGACUGCCGUUCGCGAUGCCAUGAACCACCCAUACGUUGCAGCUCAUGGUUAUGCCUGUGUCCGCGUUGACAUGCGAGGAACAGGUGACUCUCAAGGUAUCCUUCGAGGAGAAUAUCUACCGCAGGAGCAAGACGAUGCUCUGGAGAUUCUUAAAUGGAUCGCUGCCCAACAAUGGUGCACGGGGUCGAUAGGAAUGAUUGGUAUUUCGUGGGGCGGCUUCAAUGGGCUACAGGUUGCGGCUUGUCGGCCGCCAGAGCUCAAAGCUGUCAUUUCUAUCUGUUCGACAGAUAUGCGCUAUGAUGACGAUAUUCAUUACAUGGGCGGUUGUAUCUUGACAGAAAAUCUGACCUGGGCUGCGUCUAUGUUCUCCAUUAACUCAUCUCCUCCUGAUCCAGCACUGGUUGGUGAUCAGUGGCGGGACCUCUGGCUAAAGCGACUUGAAUCAGGUGGCCUUUUCGCAGAAGAAUGGCAUCAGCAUCAGCGACGCGACGAUUUCUGGAAACAUGCGUCUAUUGGCGAAGACUACAAUUCCAUACAAUGUCCAGUUUAUCUCGUCGGCGGAUGGAUGGAUCCUUAUACCAACACGAUCUUCAGGAUGUUGGAGAAUCUGAAGGUGCCUAGAAAGGGCCUUGUUGGUCCUUGGGGUCACAAAUAUCCUAACUUUGGGUACCCAGGACCGCAGAUUGGCUUUCUGCAAGAGUCCAUUAGAUGGUGGGAUAAGUGGUUGAAAGGAAGCGAGACGGGGAUUAUGCAUGAACCUAUGCUGCGAUGCUAUCUUCAAGAUCCGACGCCUCCAGCGCCAUACAUGGAGGAUCGCCCAGGCCGCUGGGUGGCGGAAGAUAGCUGGUCUGAUUCGAAGCCCCCUUUUCUGAGGUUGGGUCUCUCGUCUGGUCAAUUAACAACCGGGAGCUCAAACAGCGAUGAGAAACUUGAGAUCUGCUCCCCUCAAACAGUCGGUUUUGCUGGUGGUAGAUGGCUGAUCUUUGGCGUCGAAGGGGAAGGGCCAGGGGAUCAACGUCUUGAAGCUGGAGGAAGUCUCUUGUUUGACUCAAAACCUCUAACCGAGCCCUUAGACUUUCUUGGGGCUCCGCUGUUGAAACUGCGCAUUGCGAGCGAUAAAGCAAAUGCUCUCGUAGCAGCAACCUUGUCGGAGGUACUACCCAAAGGCGCUGCUACAAAGGUAUCUCAUGGCGUACUCAACUUGACACAUCGCCACGGCCACGAAGAUGUGCGGCCUCUAGAGCCUGGGAAGUUCUACGAGGUUACACUGAAACUGAAUCACUUUGGGCAGCGAAUCGGUGCUGGAAGUCGCCUUCGCCUUGCGUUGUCUUCUACUUACUUCCCCUUGGUCUGGCCAUCUCCUGAAGUCACGACCCUCAGCAUCGACUGUGCCCACAGCACUCUUGAUCUCCCAGAGCGGGGCGAUAAUCCACAAGACUCUCACCUCAAACCUUUUAAACCAGCCGUCAACGGAACCCUCUCACAAACUGAACUCCGACCAGCUAAGCAUAGAAACUACGUUACAAACGAUUGGGACACUGACGAGACUGCACUUUGCGUUGACUGGGACGAUGGUAUGUGGGAAGUCAACGAAACAGGUUGGAAAUAUGGAUGGUGGACAGGCUUGAAAUCAAGUAUGAAGCCAGAUGAUCCGUUGUCAGCGGAGGUUGAGCAGCGAUUUGAGAGGGAUUUUGAGAGAGAUGAUAUCGUUAUCAAGACGAAGGGCUGGACAAAGAUGAAGAUGACUAAAACUGAUAUGACCAUUACUGCUCGUCUUGAUGCUUUUGAGAAUGGGGAGGCUGUCUUUGGAAGGGACUUUUCUUUUACGAUUCCUAGGGAUAAUGUGUGA